CAACAACAACGCGGUUCCUGGUAAGCUCUAGGGGAGGUUGGUAGUUGACGCUAACGUGAGCUAAGUUUCCUCGGUUUGUUUUGAAAUAGUUCUACAUUAAAAAGAAAACCAAGGGUCGUGGACUAGCUGACCACGUUUGUCUCACAUCAGUGGUCGGCCAACGACUGCAUAGCCUUUUGCUAAAUUUACCAGGAUGUCUGACCUGGAUGAAGAUUUUGUCUUGUCUGAUUUAGAGGGAGAAGAAGCUCAUGAAGAAGGAGUCGAGGAGGAUAAGAAGGUACAGGUUUGCCAUUUGACCCCUGAAACCAUCAGUCGGGGUCUCUCAUUACUGUGUCGAACAGGCAAUGGACUUGGACAUGCUUUUGUCAGACUGGAUAUAAAAGACAAUGGACUGAAUGACAUCGCUGCAAUCAGCAAUUAUAUUCACAUACGUUUUCUGGAUGUAUCAAACAACCACCUGACGGAUCUUUCUCCCCUGGCAUCUCUGACCCAGCUUCUCUGGCUAAAGGUGGACAAUAAUGCAGUAGCCUGCUUCGAAGGGCAGCCUUUCACGCAGUUGCCCUAUCUCCAGUGGCUGAGUUUGGCAGGGAACCGGCUGACAGAUGUGGUUGGUCUGGUUGGGCCUGCCUUGGAGAGCCUCAAUCUGACAGGUAAUAGUAUUCAGAGAGUCAAUGGACUUCAAGGUGGCUUUUUUACCAACUUGGUAACUCUAGAGCUGAGAGGAAAUCAGCUGGACACCACGGCUGGAAUCAGCCUCCCCAACUUGCAGCAUUUAUAUCUGGCUCAGAAUGUAAUAAAACAUCUGGAGGGUUUAGAGCGAUUAGAGCGCCUCACUACUCUUCACCUGCGAGACAACCAGCUUGAUACUCUCGAAGGCCUCAGCUCCAACAUGACAUGUCUCCAAUACCUAAAUGUCAGAGGAAAUGCAAUCUUAGACCAGAAAGGUCUUCAAUCUCUGAGCCAUGUGUCAAAAACUCUUAAAGCUUUGGUCCUCUCUGAGAACCCUCUGGUGGAAACGACAGACUACCGCCUCAGCGUUCUGAUUCGCUUGCCGCAGCUGGAGCGACUUGACAAAGACCCUGUCUCCUCUGAGGAGAGGACUGAGGCCUUGGAGAGAAUCCAGGAACUAUAAGAAGAGGAAAUACCUGGGCUGUAAGAUGAUGACCAAAAGGAGGAAGUGCACGACUUCCUUGAAAAGUUAGACUUGGUGUGAUUGCAUUGUAUGAAGAAUGAUUAUUUUUUCUUAAAAAGUGUUUUGUGUAAAAUGUUUUAUCCCAUUCAUAUAUUUGUUAUAAUUUUCUUUUUAUUAAGUUUUUCUCUUUUUUGACAAUCAAACAUACAUACAUACAUACAUACAUACAUACAUACAUACAUACAUACAUACAUAUGGGUCCAAUCGGAUGACAUACCAUUCUGUAAAUAAAACAAAACAUUAACAUGCAACAACGACAGUGGGAGCGCAGCGGGGACAGAGCGACAUAUCACACAACCUGUUUAUGCAUUCAUUACAAGUAUCCAAAUAAACUUUGUGGGUAUGUAGAUUCUAAAUAUAUACUCUAAACAGUAUAUUGUCAAUAUUUGGUACUACAUCAUUCUAUGCUAAACAUACAUUCUAUACCAUUCAUAUAUAUUUUUACACAAAACAGUUCCUGUGCCUUUUUCUUACAUUUUUGAAUGCAGUUUCUCCACAUUUGAUAUUUAAAAGUGUUUUCAUUAACAUUGACAAAUGCAGGUAUUCCACAGAGCAGUAUUUCUGUGACUAAUAAAUAAUCCACGAGGGAUUAUUUGAACCCUUUGUUGCAGGCCUUACACUCCUGAGUUUCACGCUGAGUAAGGAUGAGAGGGCAAAUUCUGCUCCAUUUCCUUGUUGGCAGCUGUCCAAAUGCAGCUUUAAAGCGACAGUGACAUGAUCUGAAGACAAGGGAAACAGACUUAAAAUAAGAUACAUUGAAUUAUAUGUGCGUUUUGUAUCUCUUUGCAGUUGUUUCAGAUUGAUAGUUGUAAUUGGAUGUCGUUGACAAUAUUUUUACAUUGAUUUCCUCAUAUUGUUGCAGCAAGUUAGCGACACGACUUCCUGUAAGCUAAAGAAGGACAGAUGUAUAGUGUCUGAGGUUAUAAUAUGGACGCACUUCUGUGUCGUAUAACUAUAACUAAUUUUAAAUCAAAAGCAAUAAAACGUCCUUCUUG